CGGCGCAGUGCGAGCGAAGCCAGCGGAGCAGGGAGAGGAAAAUAAUCAGCGCGCGGCGUCCCUUGCUGGCUGGCUCUUUCGGCAGUGGAGAGCCGGUUUGUUGUUGCUGCAGUCGGCGUUUGCAGUCAGAAGCAGAGACACCCCGUGCGCGUCUAGCAGCUCGUCAAGUGGUGCGAAUUUCGGCCCGCCAGCAGUGUCACCCAGGCUGAAGCAGGCCCAGCAAGAUGAGCGAAAUAGCGAAAAAUGUGAGCAAGAGCCAGGACAAGCUGGACAUCCAGGAGGAGGAAAAACAACGGCUAGCCGAGGACAUGGACGUACCUCCAGCUGACCCACCAGAUCCACCACCCUCUGAUGAGGCGGCCGGUGAGGCAGCCAAGGAUGCCGGCGAAGAGUCCAAGCAGGAGGACGAGGCCGCUGGUGAAACCAAGACCAAAGAGAAGGGAGGCAGCCUUAAGAAGGGGCUCUCCAACAUUAAAAGCAAAAUACCACCUCUUUUCAGUAGGAGCAAAUCAAAGGAUAGAAAAGAUAAGAAAACCGACGAAGGUGGUGAAAAUGAGGAGGACAAGAAGCUCCUCCAGGGUGAAGAGGUGCCACCAAUGUCUCCCACAAAGACUGAGGAGGGAGAACCCGAGGGCGAGGAUGGCGAAGAGAAGGGCGAAAAGCCCACCGCCAUUUCCUGGUCCAAAGAGGUGCUCUCAAAGAUUCCAAAGGUCAAGAUGCCCAGUAUGCCAUUCAAAAAGUCCAAUAAGGGCUGCGAGCCGGUGGAGCUGAAAGAGACUGGUGACCACGAUGUUGAGGGCGGCGUGGAGACUGCCGACGAGGAGAAGAAAGAGGGAGACGGGGUUGAAGGAGUAGAGGAGAACAAGGAAGAGCAGGAGCCAAAGCCGGCUCCUAUUUCCAAGACUACCCAGCUGCUCAAGGCUAUCAGGGCGCCCCUGGAAGCCGUCUGGCCAAAGAGAAGCAAGGACAAGGACACGGAGGCUGGAGAAACAGACCCAGAGAAGCAGAAGCUGGGGGAAGAAGACGUUGAAGAUGGUCUUGAAAAGGUUGAGCUCAACGACGUCGAAGAAGAGCAGAAAAAUGAAAAAGCUAUUGAAGAGGGCAAAGGCGAUGAAGAAUCUUUGGUAGGCAACCUGAGGGACACCUUUCAGCAGCACCGCUUCCUCAUCAUUGGUUUGAUCGUGUUCCUAUCACUGCUGCUGUUGCUGAUCAUCCUGGCCAUUACCGGACCUCGUCGGCCGCGCUUCAACGGCAUGCUGGUCAGCGGCACCUACGUCACCACCAUCACCUCUUGUGGUCCUGUGCAAGGAAAGCUGGACGAAGGCGAGUACACGUUCAAGGGCAUCCCAUAUGCGGCGCCUCCAGUGGGUGAGCUGCGUUUCGCACCAGCCAAGUCGCUGCGAAGUCUGGAGCUGUGCUGGAACGACACAUUCAGGGCUUGGCAGAACGAGUCUGAGUCACCGCCAAACCAGUGCUGGCAGCUGCAUCGAAACGGCUCGCGCUUUGGCUCUGAAGACUGCCUCACCCUGGACGUGUACACGCGCAGGGCCAGUCAUGACGCGCCACUACCCGUCGUCGUCCUCGUGUCCUCAGAGACGCUGGUCGGAGGAAACUCAUGGCGACCGGCCAGAGGAAUGGCUCGGCAGCGGGACGUCGUCUUUGUUCAGCCAAGGUUCCGAUUUGGCCCAUUUGGUUUCCUGGCUUCCAACUUGAUCUCCAGUACGACCUACCCACACCACUCAGGCAACUAUGCCCUCUCUGACUUGAUCGCCGCCCUGGAGUGGGUACAAAUCAACAUUGAGCACUUUGGCGGGAACCCUGAUACUGUUACGGUUGUGGGACACAGGGCGGGUGCCUCAUUGGUCAUCGCUCUGACCGCUCUGAGCAAGCGGCGCGAGGCUCCAGUGCAGCGACUGUUCAACCAGGUGUGGCUGAGUAGCGGCUCAGGUGUGCUGCCCAACCAGACCUUGAAGGACGCUGAGGUGUCCGGCCGCGAGUUCUUUGAGAAAACUGGCUGCACCACGGCUGCCUGCAUCCGUCGGCUUGACCCUGAAGGAAUCCUUGGCGCUGUGCCUGAUGACUGGGUCAAGAACAUUUGGAAGUCAGAACUUCCGCUCGGCCCACCACCCAUUGAUCAGCACCACUGGAUCAUCCAGGAUGGCGUCAUCGUCAGGCAGAACUUGAUGAACGCCUGGAGGGAGAAUGGACUACCCUACCGGGUCGUCAUUGGUACAACCGCACACGUGGAGGCGAGCAAUGAGCUGCGAUUCAAGAAGGACUGGAGCCAAAGAGUCAACUUUGAGAACUACCUGCGCGGCUCAGUGCUUGGCUCAAACAACGUGCCCGUCGGCAUCCUGGACGAAGUGCUGAAGCGCUACCAGCCCCCGUCUUGGGUGCAGCUCGCCGCCAUGAUCAGCGACCUCAGGACCAUCUGCCCCCUUUAUCAGACCGCCAAGGAACUUGCGACCGUCAAAGCAACAAGUUUGAAGUCGGGCAACCGAUACCCCUCGUCGGUGCACUUCUAUGUGGUGACGCAGCCACGCAACACGAGCUACUUCGGCGGAGUGGCUGACGUGGGCACCGAUAUGGACGCCAUCCUGGGCCUGUAUGAGGCGCACAGCCCCGAGGAGAAACGCUACCUCUCCGCCAUGCAGAACACGUUCUACCGAUUUGUGUGGCACCAGGAGCUGCCGCCAGGCGCCUCGGGCACCGACCGCUCCUCCGCCCUACCGCACAACAUCAUGCUGGUGGACCAGGACGUGGCUAUCAAGAGCUCGUACGACAACUGCAACUUCUGGAUCCAGCGGCAGCUCGCUAGCAAGUACGCGCGCCACGAGUAAACCUUUGCUUAUCAUCAUGUGCCAAAAUUUGGGUGGAAAGAUGCCUUUACUUCGUUAACUGAUUUCGUGAAGAACAAAGAGGGAUCUACCACAGAUCAGAUCUUCCUAAACUCAUUAGCUUUCCGUUUUAGAGUAGUGUAUUUCCUGCCGUAAAACGUGCUGGAAAUAAUUCAAGAGUUGGUAGAUCUAGAUUUGACCUUUUCUGAAACCUUUUUGGUUGGUUCUACCAUUUUGGUUUUCAGCACGGAAAUGAUGAAUUUAAAAAUCCCGUGAAGUAAUAGUUUUUUAGUCGUUUCGUGGCCAUUAAUUUCAGCCUUGAUGAGCUCCACCCACGCAAUUCAGUUAAUCAGUGAAAUUGAUUCGCACAACGGUAUGUACUAGAUGUAAAUUAAUUGAAUCAAUUAAAAAUUGUUGUAAGGACCAUAAACACAAUUAAGAAAAAACCUGAAUGUUGCCAAAAGAAAACGUGAAAUGCUCUCAUUUUGAAGGGAUUUUUCCGAGCAUUUUCCAAACAAACUACAAAACGCGUGUUCUCAUUCAAGAAGGAGGCCAAAUUGAAUUUUUGUAAAUAAAUAAAGCUAAGCCAAAAUUCCAACUGAUAUGUAUAAAAAACCAAACCAUUGUUUGUGUUAGAAUUACAAUUAAUUAUUGUGCACAUGCUGAGUGAGAGAAGUGCAGUGUUUUACCAGUCGUUUUUCCUGUGUUUUUUAACGUUUGCGGAGACCAGUUAAGGUAACAUGUGAUUGCUUUUCAGAUCACCAUUUAUGAAUGAGACUGACCCGAAAGUAAAAGUCACAAUUGUAGAGCAGUUAUAGUUUCAUAGAGCGCUAACGAGUCCUUUUAACGCUGCUUUAUCACUCACACACAUUACUCGCCUUUAUUCACAGUGUAAUCAAACGCGGGGCGAUUUUUAUCCUUGUCCAAGCCUUGGCACUCAGCCUGAUUGUCUCACACUUUGACGGACGAUGCACCUCGCAAACUAAUUGUUCUCUACUCUUCAAAAAAGCAUUCGCUGCACAUUUAACUGCAUCAACAGAAUUUUUCAUUGUGUACUAUUUAUUUUGCAACUUUUAAAUGUGCGGAAAAGAGUCAAAUGCUUUUCACGUUGUACUCUCUGUACAUAUAUAGCUAAACUGACCACAUCACAAACGGUAGCGUAAAAAGAAACAAGAUGUAUCACAGGUUUAAAUUUGUAUAUCAAACAAGCUAGGUAAGUGUAAUGCAGUGUGUAUGUAUCAAGUGCUCUCUAAUAAAACUCAAUUUAAAUUAA